CUAGAGGCGGCGACAAUCGCCUCCACCAGGCCCUGCACGAGCUUAUCUAGCGCUAGCUGCGUCGGUACUGCACUGCGCUGCACUAUACCUACUACAUUUGCACACCCAACUCUCUUCUUUGCUCCCGCCAAUUGCACCGCCACAACCAUGGCAGACACUACCGAGCCUAAUCCAGUCGUAUUCUUCGAUAUCACCCUAGGAGGCGAGAAGCUGGGCAGAAUCAAGAUGGAGCUGUUCAAAAAUAUCGUUCCAAAGACUGCCGAGAAUUUUCGCCAGUUCUGCACUGGCGAAACCAAGAACAAUCGCGGACAGCCCCAGGGCUACAAGGGCUGCAAGUUUCAUCGUGUCAUCAAAGGCUUCAUGAUCCAAGGCGGAGACUUUAUCAAUGGCAACGGUACAGGCUCAAGGACCAUUUACGGCACAGAGAAAUUUGCCGAUGAGAACUUUACCCUACAGCACGACAAGCCCGGUCUGCUGUCAAUGGCAAACAGCGGGCCCAAUACCAAUGGCUGUCAGUUCUUCAUCAUCACCGCUAAGAACGGUACUCCUCAUCUGAAUGGAAAGCACGUAGUAUUCGGCAAUGUGGUAGAGGGCAUGGAUGUAGUAACCAAGAUUGAGAAUACGCGGACCCUCGCAAACCCAGAGGGGAAGCCCGUGCAGGACAUUGCCAUCGCCCAGUGCGGUGAAAUGUAAUUGUCUGCAUUGAUAAGACGACACCAUCAUCAUGUAUUAGUGGCUCAGUGAACCAUGGUGGAUGCGCCCAGUCUGGGCUUAUAUAAUCAAUCGACCCGCUGAAAUUCUCUCGGGCCUAACCGCAGUCG